GUCUUUGUUGUUGUGUGUUGCAGGAGUGUGUGGCUGCUGCGGGCCGCUCAGGCCGAGGUACAAACGCCUGGUGGACAACAUCUUCCCCGAGGACCCCAAGGAUGGCCUCAGUAAAUCAGACAUGGAGAAGCUGACCUUCUACGCUGUGUCGGCUCCAGAGAAACUGGACAGGAUCGGAGCCUAUCUGGCCGAGAGGCUGAGCCGAGACGUGGUGCGACACCGCUACGGGAAUGUGGUGAUAGCCAUGGAGGCUCUGGACCAGCUGCUGAUGGCCUGUCACUCCCAGAGCAUCAAACCCUUCGUGGAGAGUUUCCUGCACAUGGUGGCCAAGCUUCUGGAGUCCAGAGAGCCAGACCUGCAGGUCCUGGGGACCAACUCGUUUGUGAAGUUCGCCAACAUUGAGGAGGACACGCCGUCUUACCACCGCCGCUAUGACUUCUUCGUGUCCCAGUUCAGCGCCAUGUGCCACUCUACUCAUGAAGAUACUGAGACCAGGACCAGGAUCCGUGUGGCCGGCAUCAAAGGGCUGCAGGGCGUGGUGAGGAAAACGGUGAAUGAUGAGCUGCAGGCCAUCAUCUGGGAGCCUCAGCACAUGGACAAACUGAUCCCGUCCAUGCUGUUCAACAUGCAGGACAGCGAAGACCUGGACAGGUACUGCACACUGGAGCUGCACACGCUUACUCGACUUAUCGCUCGUUUCGGUCUUGGUCAACUACGAUUUCCUUAG